AUGUUUUCCAGGGAUCGGAUGCCAAUCCAUCAUAAAAUCAACCCCUCAGACCGGAAGCGGAUAGUUCGGACAUCCUCUCGACAUUCCACAGCUAAGGCGCGUGUUUCUGUUUCCAAGGAUUUGGAAGACAGCUUCUAUAUCACAAAUUCCGUGGUUCCACAGGGCUCCGAAGGUUACUAUGACGUCACACUGGAGAGUCCGAUCGGCUCUGACAGCGAGAAGGAAGACAAACCGGAGGAUGGAAAACGACCGGAAUGUGAGCGAGUUUAUCUGGCCGCUUGUAAGCAGUGUCGCGUGGCUCCAGGGAAGGGCGUAUUACAAGGACUUGGCUCGCAGCGUCUUUCUGUCAAAGGUCUCCAACUGACGUCGCGGGAUAUCGAACCAAUCACAUACGCUCUUACAAGAAACUUUCAAGUUACCACACUGGAUGUAUCCAGUAACGAUAUCGGCAAGGAUGGUCUGAACAACAUACUGCGCAUGCUUGACGAGAAUAUGUCUUUAACAAACCUGAAUAUUUCACACAACAAUGUAGGAUCGGCCGGUGCCCGGUUAAUGAGUGAGCUGAUCGCUAACAGUAAAAUGUUGAGAACUAUAUCCGCUUCCGGUAAUAAGUUCGGAGAUGAGGAUGCUUCAUGUAUAGCGGAGUCGCUAAAGGUAUCCCGGAUCCUACAGUCACUAAACCUAAGUCACAAUAACUUCCACGAACGAGGAGGGGAGACACUGGCAGAAGGAAUUGAGGAGAACACGUCCUUGACCGACCUUGACCUUAGUUGGAAUCAUCUUCGUCUGGGAGGAGCUAUAGCGAUAGCGGAGGCUCUCAAGGAGAACAAGACCCUGGAGAUCCUUAAUAUCGCCUGGAAUGGUUUCUCUAAUGAUGGCUGUAAGGUCAUUAGCGCCAGCCUUGAGGUCAACACCAAACUACACACUCUCAAUCUUAGUAACAAUCGUAUAGGAUACGAUGGCGCCAAAUCGCUGGCUAAGGCGCUCACCACCAACCGGAACCUUACCCACCUACAGCUGAACCUGAACUCCGUGUCUACGCUGGGCGCGUUCGAGUUGCUGGUGGCCAUCAGAGACAACCCGGGGAGUGCAAUAGAAUCACUGGAGUUACAGGAGGUACCGGUGCUGGCCUCCGCACAAGUCAUUGAACAGGAAAUAAAGUCUGUCCGGCCAUCCUUCAUCCUAAUCCAUGACGUCGUUGUCCUAUCGGAUGAUCACCUUGCUCUCGCCAGCGUCAUCAACAAACGGAAGGUUGUCAAGAGUUGACGUAGUCAAUGAUGUUGCCGUAGGAGUCAUGUACUCAGACCGAAGGGCUCAGAUGGGGUUGUUUGGAGAUACCAGAUAGUCGUCCGCUAAACCUGACCAUAUAUAACACAGGACAGGUGCCUGCGAUUACAGUCAGUUUUAGAGGACUAAUGUGUACAACACGGACAGACUAUAUCGUGGUUACCUGUAGACUGUGUACAAUGUUGACAGACUAUAUCGUGGUUACCUGUAGACUGUGUACAACAUUGACAGACAAUAUCGUGGUUACAUGUAGACUGUGUACAACAUUGACAGACAAUAUCGUGGUUACAUGUAGACUGUGUACAACAUUGACAGACAAUAUCGUGGUUACAUGUAGACUGUGUACAACGUUGACAGACUAUAUCGUGGUUACAUGUAGACUGUGUACAACACGGACAGACCAUAUCGUGGUUACAUGUAGACUGUGUACAACACGGACAGACAAUAUCGUGGUUACAUGUAGACUGUACAACAUUGACAGACAAUAUCGUGGUUAUAUGUAGACUGUGUACAACACGGACAGAUCAUAUCGUAGUUACAGGUAGACUGUGUACAACACGGACAGACCAUAUCGUGGUUACAUGUAGACUGUGUACAACGUUGACAGACUAUAUCGUGGUUACAUGUAGACUGUGUACACUAUUGACAGACCAUAUCGUGGUUACAUGUAGACUGUGUACACUAUUGACAGACCAUAUCGUGGUUACAUGUAGACUGUGUACAACGUUGACAGACCAUAUGGUGGUUACAUGUAGACUGUGUACACUAUUGACACACCAUAUCGUGGUUACAUGUAGACUGUGUACAACGUUGACAGACCAUAUCAUGGUUACAUGUAGACUGUGUACAAUGUUGACAGACCAUAUCGUGGUUACAUGUAGACUGUGUACAACACGGACAGACCAUAUCGUGGUUACAUGUAGACUGUGUACAAUGUUGACAGACCAUAUCGUGGUUACAUGUAGACUGUGUACAAUGUUGACAGACUAUAUCGUGGUUACAUGUAGACUGUGUACAAUGUUGACAGACCAUAUCGUGGUUACAUGUAGACUGUGUACAACACGGACAGACCAUAUCGUGGUUACAUGUAGACUGUGUACAAUGUUGACAGACCAUAUCGUGGUUACAUGUAGACUGUGUACAACGUUGACAGACCAUAUCAUGGUUACAUGUAGACUGUGUACAAUGUUGACAGACCAUAUCGUGGUUACAUGUAGACUGUGUACAACACGGACAGACCAUAUCGUGGUUACAUGUAGACUGUGUACAAUGUUGACAGACCAUAUCGUGGUUACAUGUAGACUGUGUACAACACGGACAGACCAUAUCGUGGUUACAUGUAGACUGUGUACAACACGGACAGACCAUAUCGUGGUUACAUGUAGACUGUGUACACUAUUGACAGACAAUAUCGUGGUUACAUGUAGACUGUGUACACUAUUGACAGACUAUAUCGUGGUUACAUGUAGACUGUGUACACUAUUGACAGACCAUAUCGUGGUUACAUGUAGACUGUGUACAAUGUUGACAGACCAUAUCGUGGUUACAUGUAGACUGUGUACAACAUUGAUAGACCAUAUCGUGGUUACAUGUAGACUGUGUACACUAUUGACAGACCAUAUCAUGGUUACAUGUAGACUGUGUACACUAUUGACACACCAUAUCGUGGUUACAUGUAGACUGUGUACAACGUUGACAGACAAUAUCGUGGUUACAUGUAGACUGUGUACAACAUUGACAGACAAUAUCGUGGUUACAUGUAGACUGUGUACAACACGGACAGACCAUAUCGUGGUUACAUGUAGACUGUACAAUGUUGACAGACAAUAUCGUGGUUACAUGUAGACUGUACAAUGUUGACAGACCAUAUCGUGGUUACAUGUAGACUGUGUACAACGUUGACAGACCAUAUCAUGGUUACAUGUAGACUGUGUACAACGUUGACAGACUAUAUCGUGGUUACAUGUAGACUGUGUACAAUGUUGACAGACCAUAUCGUGGUUACAUGUAGACUGUGUACAAUGUUGACAGACUAUAUCGUGGUUACCUGUAGACUGUGUACAAUGUUGACAGACCAUAUCGUGGUUACAUGUAGAUCGUGUACAAUGUUGACAGACCAUAUCGUGGUUACAUGUAGACUGUGUACACUAUUGACAGACCAUAUCGUGGUUACAUGUAGAUCGUGUACAAUGUUGACAGACAAUAUCGUGGUUACAUGUAGAUCGUGUACAAUGUUGACAGACUAUAUCGUGGUUACAUGUAGACUGUGUACAAUGUUGACAGACUAUAUCGUGGUUACAUGUAGACUGUGUACAAUGUUGACAGACCAUAUCGUGGUUACAUGUAGAUCGUGUACAAUGUUGACAGACCAUAUCGUGGUGAUGUGUAGACCAUGUACAACGUUGAGAGACUAUAUCGUGUUUACAUAGAGACUGUGUACAACGUUCAUACGGGCUGUGUUUCGAGAUUAAAAUACGACGUAUUAAGUUAUGACUACGUAUGCUAUUCUUUUUGAUACGCCAUAUAACAUACAUGAUGUCAUUCUUACCUGUUAUGACACGUGAUAUCAUGUACCUAUUAUUACGUGUGAUGUCAUACCUGCUAUGACACGUGAUAUCAUUCUUACCUGUUAUGACACGUGAUAUCAUUCUUACCUGUUUUGACACGUGAUAUCAUACCUGUUAUUACGUGUGAUGCGAUAUAAUGUAUGACAUGUAAUGUCAAACCUAUUACCAGUAUAUGUCAUGUAAUAUUUAUUAUUAAAUUAUGAUAUGAAUUUGUUAAAUGUCGGUGUUUAUAAAAAUAAAUUGAGCAUAACAUUU